AUGUUCUCCACUGUGCUGCACGGCGUGCAGAAAGCCAAAGCCCCUGGUUUGACCCCCUGCCCGGCUGCCUCCGGUUACAGCCCUGUACUUGUUGCUGGAGCCGUCGCUGCUCCCGACUCGCUUUCCUACCCCACUCUCGGGGUCGUGGGGCUCAUCCCUGGUUCCCGGGCCCCAAACCCGGACAAACAUCCCAUCGGAGCAAACAUCGAACACAACCCGAGACUGCUGGGUCUUCGCCAAAUUUCCCAGAGGACCAUAAGUACUGCUUCACGCAGGCAGCUUGAAAAUAGAGUUCCUGAGAAGCAGAAGCUUUUUCAGGAGGAUAAUGGCAUCCCAGUGCAUCUUAAAGGUGGUCUAAUGGAUGCUCUGUUGUAUAAAGUCACCGUGGGUCUUACGGUUUUUGGAACAGCCUAUGUUAUUUAUGAGCUAUAUGUUGCUUCAAUGCCCAAGAAGCAGAAAUGAUUCCAGUUCAGGGUGCCUCAGUAACUAGCAUCUCUUCGUCCAAUUCCAUGUGACUACAAUGGCAGCUUAUGCUUACUAGAAGCAGCUGGCUUAAUGCUUGGAAUCAUAAUUUAAUUGUAACAUGUUAACUGCAAUCAAUAAAGCAGUUUUUAUGUUGUGUUGUGGUGGUCUGGA